AUGGAGCCUCAGGACAUUGACCCGGCGUUGAUGCCGCAGGACCCGUUCCUCCCACAAGAGGACCAGCUGCAAAGUCCCGUCUUCUUAGACACCCAGGCCUGCCUCUGUGCGUUGCAGACGUUGCCGAGUACGGACUCGACAAAGGACACCGCUGCUUGGCAGUGUAUCGGUAACCAGACGCAGAGUGUUUACGAGGUGACGACAGGAAAGUGGUUCAACACUCUCCAUGGCGGCAGCAAGAUCAACUUGACUCUCUUCGACGAUUCCAAUGGCCCGGAUACCACAGAGCCCAAGACUUGGAACAACCAGUCCAAAUCUCUCAAGGCUUUGACAAACGAGAAGAGCCUCACUGUGUAUGAUCGGGCCUGUACCGGGAAGAACAACACGGCCUUCUCAACCAGCUACUAUCAGGCCGUCGCCCAGAUGAGCAAGGACGAGCUCCCCAUUGCCGCCACACCCUGUUGGAGACCCGGUGCCUUUCCCAUGCAGCUGCAAAGCGUUGAUUCAUGGGAAUCCAAGGGUUGCAAUGAAGGAUUCCUCUGUGCCAACAACACCAUCAAUUCACUCCCCUUGUUUUGCCCUCCCCUAUCCGAAUGCCAGGUCGCGAGACUGACUGGGGUGACAUGUGCCCUCAACGGCAGGAAUGUGGGAAUGGGGCCUUUUGAGCCUGUCGUCUGCCAGCAAGGCUGGUACUGCCCCCCGUCGGCCAAGGGAAAGAAGACGAUCCGUUGCCCGGCGGGUUCGUACUGUCAGCCCGGCGCCUCAACUCCGACUCCUUGCAACUUCGGGAGCCGGUGUCUCGAGGGUUCAUCAUACCAGCUCUUCCUGAUCCCGAUUGUGGUCCUCAUCGUUGUCGACAUUCUCCUCGUGGCUGGAAUCUUUUUCGUCAAGUUCAAGCAGCGAUUCCAUUCGAGUUCCCGGGCACACAUUAGCUCCUUGAAGAACCGCAAGGGCAUGAGUGGUGUCACAGCGAGCAUUACAGGCUACAAGACGCUUCCUGACGAGAACGACGACAUUGACCAGGAAAUGGUACCGAUGAAUGCGACAUACCUUCCAAGGCAGGACACUUGGACUGGCUUUGAAUCCGCCUUUGACGUACUGUCCGCCAACAACGCGGACCGGUCUCAAACAGAGGCCGGUCUGUCGCCACACCUCAAAGCCUUCAUCGAAUCCAUGAGAAAGGCAACAGAGGCUACCAACUUUGGAUUGUCAUUCGCAUACUCUGACCUGGUUUUCCACCCCAAGGGCAGCCCUAAGCCAAUUCUUCAAAACGUAACCGGAUCCAUCGAACGCGGAUCCCUCGUUGCUAUCAUGGGUGGUUCGGGUGCUGGAAAAUCGACAUUUGUCAAUGUGUUGAUGGGCAAAACAAACAACACAGGCGGCCUUGUUUCCGUCAACGAUGUCCCUGGCAAGAUGAAGAAGUACAAGAAGCUGACGGGCUACGUGCCCCAGGACGAUAUUGUGCUGCCUGAGCUGACCGUCUACGAAAAUAUUGUGCAUUCCGCUAGAAUUCGGUUGCCUCGAACCUGGAGCGAUGCGGAAAUCAGGGCCCACGUCGAGUCGGUCAUCGACUGCUUGGAGCUGUCGCAUGUGAGAGACUCUUUGGUUGGAAGCGUGGGCAAGCCUGUUAUCAGUGGUGGCCAAAGGAAACGAGUCAGUAUCGGGAUGGAGCUGGCCGCGGCGCCUAUGGCAAUCUUCCUAGACGAACCGACCAGCGGCCUGGAUGCCACUGCGGCUUCAUCUAUCAUGCGGACGCUCAAGGCCAUUGCGCGGCUUGGAAUCUCAAUCAUCGUCAUCAUUCACCAGCCCCGUGCGGAGAUCUUUGACCUUUUCGAUAACCUGAUUCUCCUUGGAAACGGUCAAACCAUUUAUGAGGGCUCCCAGAUUGAGGCCACACCCUACUUUGAGGGUGUGGGCUUCCACUUCCCUGAGCACUGCAACCACGCUGAUGUGAUUACUGACAUCAUCACUGGCAACGGUCGAGACUACAAGGCGAGCGGUGACAUCUCGAAAGAGGCCUUGAUAUCGCAUUGGGGGAAUUGGCAACAAUCAAGGGGGGACGACACCAAACGCAACACGACGGUUUCCAUGUUGGGUGGAAACUCGAUGCAUCAAGCCCUCAAGAAACGCGGGGCCCCUCGUAUCAAGCAAGGGUGGCUUUGCCUGAGCCGGGCAUUCCUCCAGCAAUAUCGUGCAAAGGGUGCUUUCUGGGCCGAGAUGGGAUUGGCAACGCUUGCCGGUGGACUUUUGGGACUGGCCGAGAAUCCUAAGCACGGCGUCCUCUUCGUUGGACUCUUUAACGAACCGUACGGAGUCUUGUCAACGGCCAUGGACUUCCGGUCUGCACCGGAGUUGGCGCUUCUCAUGGCCAUCGCUAUCGGACUGGUGGCAGGCCCCCCCGGAGUCAAGAGCUUCUCGGAGGAGACACUGCUGCACCGUCGAGAGGCUGAAGCCGGCCAUUCUCGACUGGCCUAUUUCCUUGCCAAGAUCAUUUCUGUUCUGCCCCGCAUGACUCUUGGUUGUCUGCACUUCACUACGCUCGUGCUCUUGUUAUCUGUCCCGAUUAUCGACUGGGGUCUCGCGUUCCUCGUGAACCUCAUGUACUUUUACUGCAUCUACGGCCUAGCGAGCUGUGUGAGUAUGGCUGUCCGGAGAGAAGAUGCGCCUCUAUUCGCGACCAUGAUCAGCCUUAUCGUGGGCAUUCUUUCUGGAGCCGCACCCCCACUGGCGCAGGUGAAGGAGUGGCAUAUCGAAUGGCUCUGGCGGGCGUCGCCCGGCGUUUGGCUGGCCGAGCUUUAUUUCGGCCAGCUGGUGGCGCCGUUUGAGUAUCUGUUCAAUGUCGAAGCCGCAUCGAAGGUGACCGGGUUUCAUCUCGAUUGGAAAUGGAUGAACAUCCUGGUAUUGCUGGGGAUUGGGACCGUUUACAGAGUGCUUGCAUACAUCGGCAUGCUUGUUGGGCACAGGCUGAGGAGGUAACGCAAUGGCGCUUUGAUAAAUGCGAUACCGUACUGAUGAUUUAAAUCAUUCAAACUACUAAUCAGGCAACUCUUCACAUCUCUCGUUGCCUUGAUAUUGUCUCACGGGUUUACAGGCAAACUAAAUACCGUAGAGGCGAUAUCAACUACUCAGGAGUAUCCAACAUCAAGACACAACGCCUAUUAGACGUUUAAGGAGACGG